GAAAAUGUACAUUGCGCAUGCGUACUAGCUGGCAUAAGGGUGCAACUAGUUUAAUAUCUUUGAAUCCAUUACUUUCAGAAAUUCUCAUUAGUCAAUCUUACCAGUAUCUUACCAGUCGAGCAAUGGCGGAAUACCUUAUUAAUAACCAGGGUGAUUAUUAUUGCUUAGACGCCGCAUCUUUAUAUAAAUAUUUUACCGUUGACGAAAAACGGUUUCUUCUUGCAUAUAGUGCUAAAGCUAAUGAUAUUACAGAUACUACUUUUCAUGGCAUAUUGCAUCAUAUUUAUUAUAAUGUGGUAUUUAAUAAAGUCAAAACUAUUGAUAAUGUCCAAAAAGUGAUCAAGGAACUUAAAUUGGAUCUCUGGUCUAUGUUCAAGAAAAAACUUCCAGGUAAAGAAGUCGACUUUUCUCACGGUAGUCUAAUACGAAAUCCCAAAGCAUUCAUCAAAAUAACAGAAGCAGGAGCCUCUAACGGAUCAACAAAAGCAAGGCACCUAUAUCGGUGGUCCUUCUUUAUAGGGUUGUUUGAUGUUGAAGGCUACGGUACGUGGCCGGAAAACUGGAAUGAUAUUUCUAGUAAUCCUCUCAACUUCCGUGCACUUCAGCUUCUGAAUCUGUAUAUGAGGUUCACUUACAUCACCGGUAAAUCUGCAGAUGACGAAAUGGCCGUGCGAGUACUCUGGAGCUCUAUACCAGAUCCGCUUUUGACCUUGGAUGACAUUUUUAGGCUUUUUGAAGGGGUCCAUCAUAUAUACCAUCGGAAGAUAACCAGCAUAUGGCAAUGGUACUGCAAUCUAGUGAAUUAUGAAGAAACUUCUGUUAGGAGUCCACGAUCUUUGCAACACCUUUCACGAUGCUUCAUCAGAAACCGAUUGACUGACAACUUUAAGUUGCCCGAAGGAGUGGAGGAACUGGGCAUUCCCAAACAUGUCCAGAAGUAUUUACUACUGAGAGAUUUCUACAAGAUAGAAUGAAUACUUUAUCUUGGAAUCAUUUGCACUAAGUCUUUUAUGAAAGAUAUUAAGGACUAAUCUCGAGAUCUGAAUAUUUUAAUCAUCAAUUCCAUAUGUUUUAGUUUCCUAUGAACAAUCUUUGCUCUAUUAGAUUCACUCUUAAACGUGAAAUAUUUUUUCUUUAUAUUAAUAAACAGUGUAUAAUUAGUUUUGGUUUGCGAUGUACAAAUAAAUUUUUUCUUGUUCA